UGAUUCGCGCGCGCUCCCGAGAAAGAAGGCAGUUUCAAAAGAGCAUUGAGCGGAGCGCAGUGGGUGAACGAUUUGACAAGUAGAAGGAUGGCUGUUGUCGAAACGAAGCGAUGGGAUAUCGGAAUAAUUAGUUAAUUUUCUCCCGUGCAGCAUUCCUCGGCGUUAUUGCACGGACAGAAGUGAUUAUCCUGCUUCCGCGUUCUUUCAGCAAAUUUGUCUCUACUUAGCAAGCUAGCAGGGUUUUAAGCUAAAUGCAUUGUUUUGUUUGAAUGGUUACGGACGGGGCUGGUUGGAGGGACUGUGCUGCGCUUUCGCUGCCUUCAAUAGACGGGGGAAGAAGAAAAGUCGGUAGCUAGCUCCACUCGCCAAAACAGGGAUGUCUACUGCACGGGUAGACUACAUCGCACCUUGGUGGACUUACUGGCUGCACAAUUUCCCCCACAUCAAUCUGAGGUUCCAGCCCGUUGACAACAGCUUCCGACCGCAGGACGAGAACUACCAGCAGUCGCUGAUUUUCCUGGCCUGUGUGGCCGCAGCAGGCCUGGGGCUGAACCUGCUCUUCCUGGCCAUCUACCUGAGCUGCCUGUGCUGCUGCCGCAAGGAGGAGGAGGAGGAGAGCAAGAGGCCCAACUCCUGCUGCGUCACCUGGGCCGCCGUGGCCGCCGGGCUCCUCAGCUGCGCUGCGGUGGGAGUCGGUUUCUACGGAAACAGCGAGACCAACGACGGCGUCUAUCAGCUGACCUACUCCCUGUACAAUGCCAAUCACACGCUGGGAGGCGUGGAUAGUUUGGUGUCGGGCACCAUGGGCAGCAUGCAGAGCGGGCUGAAGCAGCACUUGGCGCGGCUGGACGAGAUCUUCGCCACGCGGGGCGACUACGUGCAGACCCUGCGCUUCAUGCAGCAGAUGGCCGACAGCAUCAUCAAGCAGCUGCUGGGCCUGCCCGACUGGGACCCCAGCAAAGUGGACCUGGCCGCCAUCGCCGAGCGGACGGGCCAGGUGGAGUACUACAGGUGGCUCACAUACUUGCUGCUGCUCAUCCUGGACCUUGUGAUCUGCCUGAUGGCUUGCCUUGGACUGGCCAAGCAGUCUCGUUGGCUGCUCACUACGAUGAUGGUGUUUGGGGUGCUGACUCUGGUCCUGAGCUGGGCGUCGCUAGGCGCGGACACCGCCACCGCUGUGGGCACCAGUGACUUCUGUGUGUCCCCAGACAAGUUCCUCAUGAACCAGACCAAGGGCUUUAUAAGCUCAGAUAUCGUGCAUUACUACCUGUACUGCAGUCAGAGUCUGCCCAACCCCUUCCAGCAGUCCCUCACCAUAUUCCAGAGGUCUCUGACCACCAUGCAGAUACAGAUCCAGGGCCUGCUGCAGUUCGCUGUGCCCCUGUUCCCCACUGCUGAGAGGGACCUGCUGAGUAUUCAGAACCUGCUCAACUCCUCGGAGGCCAGCUUGCACCAGCUGACUGCCCUGCUGGACUGCCGCAGCUUGCACAAGGACUACCUGGAUGCUCUGAUAGGGGUGUGCUAUGACGGGGUGGAGGGGCUGCUGUACCUGUGCCUGUUCUCCCUGCUGGCAGCCUGUGCUUUCUGCACCAUGCUCUGCGCCACGUCCCGGGCCUGGAGGCACAUCGCCAGCAGGGAGCGGGACUACGACGACAUCGACGAGGAGGACCCCUUCAACCCCCAGGCCCGGCGCAUCGCGGCCCACAACCCCAACCGGGCCAACAUGCACAGCUUCUGCAGCUACAGCAGCAGCCUGGGCAGCCAGACCAGCCUGCACCCCCCAGCACAGGCCGUCUCCAACGCCCCCGUCUCAGAGUACAUGAACCAGUCUGUUCUUUUCGGGGGGAACCCUCGCUACGAGAACGUGCCGCUCAUCGGGAGGGGCUCUCCUCCACCCUCGCCAUUUAGAAACAGAUACUCUCCCAGCAUGAGAGCCACCUACCUGUCUAUGACUGAGGACCAGAUCAGACACUUCGGGAACGAUUUCCAGGCAUAGACGUCCUCCUCUUCCUCCACCUCCUGCUCUCCCUUCCCCCACCCCGCCCCUCCAUCCCAGAGGAGCGACGCAAGCAACCUCCUUCAGCACGCGUCACGAACCGUGAUCCCCUGACCCCGACCUCCCUUUGACCUCCAGUUUUAGUGGGGAAGCAGGGGGGGGUUUCCCCCGGCGAAAUACCCCAGAGUGCUGCGUUCAGUCGCGGCCCCCCCCCACCCUCAAUUCGGGGAGGUCCCCCAACGGUCCAGACGGUGUAAGGUUCUCAGCCUUCAAUCUUCACCAAGUCAAGCUGACCAUUCAAACAGCAGUCACAGCAAACUUUAUAUAAACCUGUUCGCUGUCUCUCGUUUUUAAAGGGUUCAUGAACAUGACAGUAGUAGUGCUGUAAUAGGUCAUCCUAACAGAUUAGGUAGAAGUCUAAUAAGUCUUCCUGAGAGUAGAAUGCUCAGGAAAAACUGUUUUGUUUUUGUUUUGUUUUUUUGUUGUCCUUGUUCUCACAGACAGGUAACAGUGUGUCAGCUUAGUGGAAUGAAAUCGGAUUUUUGUCCACACCUAGUAGCUAACAUUUUACUCAAGCCAAAACAUUCUGUAAUACAACAAAAAAAAAAACUCAAGAACACUGGAGCCUUGAGCCAUUCUUACUGCCUUUGACCGUGUAUGCAGUGACUUCCCUGUCUGUUGCUAGUGAAACAUUGUUAAAGCCUUUUAGGCUCUUGAUCAUGAAUAACACUUGCGUUAUGUCAUGGAACAUUUUUGAUUUGUGAUGGUGUAAUAAGAACUUUUUUUUUUUAAGGAAAACUAACCAACAUUUUGUGACUCCUUUAAAUAAGUAACUGCUCAGACACCGAAAAUUCCUCUUGUGUAAGUGAAACUUCUUUUGAAGCGGUACUUCGUGUAUGAAUCCCGCAAAAGCAUGUUGUUUUGUGCCUCUGUGUCCUUGCCCCGCCCCCUUUCUCUCCAUCAAACUAACUAGCUCUGUGACUGUUAGAAUUUUAUACUUCGUAUCUUGUCCGUAUCCAAAGGUGUUUUUGACUGUUUGGUUGUUCGUUCGUGAGCGUUCGUUUGUUUAAAACUUGGUGGGUUGUUAACACUGGGUGAAGUCGCAUUUACAAGCAUGGUCAUUUGUUGAAGGCCUCCACCAAUAAGGCUAGCACUAGUUCUGGGCACGUGAAGGGGAGGGGAGGGGAGGGGAGGGGAUAAACCAAGCUGUAAACAGAUUAACAUGGGGAAGGAUGCCAGUCACAGUGCAGAUGCUGUACCUCACAGUACUAUUAUUCCGUUCAUCAGCUAGUGGUACCGAACACGCAAGCUGUUAACCAGCGUGUAGCGUUGCACUGAUCAGUAACUGUACCCGAGUCAGACCACCUGUUCACUGCCAGAGUCUCGGCCCUCAGACGACCUGGGGAACGACUAGUGCCAUGCCCUAAACACUGUCUUUAAACGGAUUACGCUUGAGCUGAACUCCCCUUCAAAUCCCUCCGACCACAGCGGCCAUACAUUUCAGCUCCAGUGCAGCGCUUCCUCUGGUUGAGCCGCAGCUGAAUCUCCCUGAAGCACAAAAACGCUGUCCACUGUGUUCCCUUACAGCUGAGGCAGGAGCAAAGCCAUUAAAACACCCCAAGAAGUCUUCCAAUUCACACCCCACACCAGUACGCCAUUCCAGCGGCGAUGGCCUCCUGUGUGUUCACUAUUCCACUAUUCCAAAGUUUCACUCUGCCGCUGAUGAAGUUCGGUGCACUCUGAUUCGCUGCCUCGUUAUGAAUAUUCAUGAGUAGGGUGGGGUUCCAAGCCAGAAAUUCCACAGCUGUAACAGAAGUAGUAUUAUGUUCUAGGGUUAAUGGGAUACUCUGUGUUCCCCUCAUUCUGAAAGGCCAUUGAUUCCCUUUCGAAAAUCAGACACGAGUGUGUGCAUUACCGAGACUUUCUGAGCCAGUUUACCUGCUCUUAAAAAAAAAAAAUACAAAAAAUCUGCUGAGCCCUGCACAGUCUAAUUAUUUAAUGUGAUCAACUCAUUUUUAUUUUUAUGGCUCUUGGAAGUUGAAAAUUUUGAAAAUUCCUAACACUCCUUUUGAAGCUAAAACGAUCUCUGUCGUCCCGUCUUGAUUCAUGUACAUAAAUUGUAUGAUAAUGACCAGAAGACUAGUUCGUUUAUUUUUUAAAUUUUUUUUUGUCUUUUUAAAAAAAUGUUUUGUUUUCCAAUGUGCCAGAAGUGGUUGGAGAUCAGCCUACUGAUGAGUGAGAACUGGAGCCAGACGGCUGUGACUUUUGUGUUUUCAAUCCACCGUUUCAAGGGUCACUCCCCCACCCCCAAAAAGAGAAGAGAAAAAAAUGUCACCUCGUAGCGCAAUUUUGAAUACAGCGCUAGCACGUCCAUCUUGCGAGCGAGCUGUGCCUCCUGUCUGGGAACCUGUGGGAAAGACAAGAACAAGACACCAAUCCGGUCUCACCCUGACAGGGAUGACUAAUAUUACGUCUUCCAUGAAGGGGGGGGGGGGGGGUAGUGAGCGUGUUACCACCCCUGAAAUUCUGAUUAACAAAAAAUCAGAUCAUAUUCUAAAAAUGGUUGAUUAUGUAGGCAUUUUUGUUUUUAUUUUGGUUUGUUUCAUUUUGUUUCGGUAGUUUGGUUGUCCUGUGCAUGUAAGGUUGUUUCAAUGUAGCUUGGUCUACAGCCAUUGAGAAUGGUGCUUGGUUUCUAUGUAUAAUACUAAAGCCCCCAUGCAGGGGGGGAAUAAAUCAUGGUAAUAAAAUACUUUUAAAUAGCA